GAAUGCUAUAUUAAAAGUCGUCCAAAAAUACGAAACGAAGUUUUUGUGUCCAAGAAUAUUGUAUCCCUUUUCAUUUCAAAGCAGUAAUUACUGAUUAAAUGGGUGGGUCGAGUUCAAAAGGACAUGCCAAAGAUACCCAUCGAAAGAAAAAGAGUGGGAAGCAUCCCACAGAGAUUACUUCGUCUGAUAGAGUCAAGCUCGAACUAAAGAUACAAAGAGAUAAUCUAGUUGCAGCCAUGCGUAAAUUUGAGAUUGUUGGAAAUAUCGAGCACAAUAACGCAAAAGAGUUUCUCAAGAAAGGGAAUAGGCGAAAAGCGUUGUACUGUCUAAAACGUGAACGUGCCCAGUUUGAUCAGAUAGAUUCAGUGAGCAAAAUGCUUGAUAAUAUCCAGAACCUUAUUGAUACCAUUGAUUUUACGCAGAUUGAGUGUGAGGUAGUUGCCGCAUUAAGGGAUGGUAAAUCGGAAUUGGAGCAAUUGAAUAAAAUUCUCAAUAUUGAUGAUGUGGAAAAGCUUAUGAGUGAAACCAGGGAAUCUAUUGAGGAGGCGAGGCAUAUCGACUAUGUAAUUAACCAACCGCUCUCCAGUAUUGAAGAUGAUGAUUUGAUAAAAGAACUCGAGGCACAGAUGGUUGAAAGUAGCGAGCAUUAUGCCCUCGAUUCUGUCCAAGUACCGCAUCAUGAAAUUCAGCAGAAGGCAGGGACAAAAGUUACUUCUGAAAAUAUUCAGAAAGAAGAUUUGUUAGAACCGGUAUAAACUUUUAUUGGUGUUCUGAUUUAUAG